UCUCUCCAGAAAAAUCUUUUCCUCUCUCCGUAUAUUUCUCUUGGUGAAAGACCACUUUUCGUCUGUUCUAUGUUAUGGUUAAUUCUUCAAAUCGUUUGUCCAUCGUAGGGAGGGUACCUAGUCAGUCGACAACAAGAAGAGAAUAGCAGAGCAACAACCACCUCGGUCUGUUUUUCAAUGGAGGAAUCACAACACUCGGAACCACCCAUAGAUGAUGCCGUCAAACCUGAAGGUUACCGCACGCGUCCUAGGUUUGAACCAUCCGCUGAAAGCUAUAACGAUCCAAGGAUAUGUUUUGAGGAGAUGCACAGGUAUAAACAGGCAUGUCUUGCUCACAAGGUAAAGAUUCGAACUUCCUGGAAGUUGCUUAGGGGUGGUGCAGGGACACCAGAUGAUUCUGUCAAAAUGGGUGAUGCUGAAGGACCUUUCACCCAGAUGAAUCUGCAGUUGGAAACUAAUGCACAAGAUAUUAUUAAGUUAACUGGCGUCACAAUCUGUCCCAAGGUUGGAGGGCAAGGUGGAAAGACUGUUACUGGUACACUUGAAGCGCAUGUGAAUGGGUUCAGGUAUACAACCUUCGGUGCCCAUCCCCAUAUAGAUUUUGUUUGUGAGAACGUGAAACGUGCUUUCUUCCGAGUUGGAAACGGUAGGAUGUUGCCUCUCUUGCACUUCCAGUUGCACAGUAAAAUCAUGGUGGGGACAGAAGAGACACAACAUAUCAAAUUCCAUCCCGAGCCGACCUUUGUUGGACAGUAUGAUGAUCAUGAAAAAUCUCUCGAGAACUUUGUCGAUGGAGUUAGAGAUAUAUGGGACUCCAAGACUGAAUAGUUAAAUUAUUUUGAGUCACCUGAGUACGAAUUUCAUGGGAUUCUUCUCACAAAGGCGCCGGCUGUCUUUGCGCUGACUUUAUUUUCCUUAGUUGAGCUUGUGGAAACACAUCCCAUUGUUGUCUCACUAGACGAGAUCGAGAUUGUUAAUCUGGCGCAGCUUAGACCCAAGGAAAUUGAUAUGACAGUGGUAUUCAGAGACUUCAGUCGAGAUGUGCUUCAAAUUAACUCAAUUCCCUUGGAAUCUCUAAAAUAAUCUGAAUUUUUUAAGUGUCAAGUACUAUGAGAACAAGCUAAAACUAAAUUGGAAUGAAGAAGUGAAAAAAUUCAUGGAAUGCCCGCAGAAAUUCAUUAAAAAUGGUGGAUGGGAGUCCUUGAACCUAUGAGGCUGGUGAUGUUUGUGACUGUUACGACUGGGAAGAAGAUGAUGAUUCAGGAAAGCAAGAGGAAUACUAAAAUGAAACGACUGGUGGAGUGGGAGGUGUAGUGAAUCAGAUCACGGAGAAGAAGAUUAGAGUAAGUAAAGCUGGAGGAACUUCCUAUCCUAUUUAUGCUUCCUUGUCAUCUCUAACAAUUAAAUGUCAGACGAUUUUACAGACUGUAAACGAAGUAGAUAAGCAACAAAGUAGUAACUACAAUGUCAUAUAUAUGUCCAUAUUAUCAUUAUUAGGUUUGUAGGUACUAAAUUUAUAUAUGCCUUUGCUCUAUGCAACUCUUGUCGAUUGUUUGCUUUUAUAAUGUUGGUUUUCUUAGA